ACGGGGGGAGGAGAGAGAGAGUAGCACCGAGUAGUGUGUGAGUGAGUAGAGGAAUAAAAAACUCUGUAAAGAAAGCGAGAGCUCCUCUAUAAUUUGUGAUUCUGUCAAAGAAGUAAGCUUUUCGGCGACGAUAUGUCAAACAGCGACGAAGAUGCGGUUGAAACGGAGUAAACAACGACCGGACAGUUAGCGAAAGUACUUGUAAACAGAGAAAGCGUUUUCGGCUCGACUCGACUCAGGACGGUUGAUCGUUUUCCGCUGCAACUUGAGCUGAUUUCGGCGCUGCUGCGGGACGAACAGCGAAGUCCCGACCGUCCAACUCGGUGACCAGCAGCCCGUCGGCUGGCAGCGAGACGGAGAGCCGAGACCGCCGUGGCUUGACAAGAGAGCCGACGAAGCAGCCAGCAAAGUUUGCCCCGUGUCUUUUUCCAUAGUUUUCCAGAUUGGGAGCAAGAGGAAGAGGCCGAAAAGACUGACUUUUUUCUCUCCACAAGUAACUUGUGGAAUUCACCCAGUUUAGCAAACUUUAGCGUCUUAGCUAUCCUGCCAGCUACUUUCAUCAAAACACAAUGAAAACACCUGGAGAAAGUGGGUUUGCCUUCCCAGACUGGGCCUACAAGCCCGAGUCGAGCCCCGGCUCCAGACAGAUCCAGCUGUGGCACUUCAUCCUGGAGCUGCUGAGGAAAGAGGAGUACCAUGAUGUCAUCGCCUGGCAGGGUGACUACGGAGAGUUUGUCAUCAAGGACCCAGACGAGGUGGCCCGGCUGUGGGGGGCAAGGAAGUGUAAGCCCCAGAUGAACUAUGACAAGCUGAGCAGAGCGCUGAGGUACUACUACAACAAGAGGAUUUUACAUAAGACCAAAGGCAAGAGGUUCACCUACAAAUUCAACUUCAAUAAGCUGGUUUUGGUCAACUACCCCUUCAUCGACAUGGGCUCUGCUGCUAGUGGUGUACCUCAGAGCGCCCCUCCUGUCCCCACCGGCGCAGGUACCCACUUCCGCUUCCCUCCCUCGACGCCCUCUGAAGUGCUCUCCCCCAACGAGGACCUGCGCAGCCCUGGAGGCAUGUUCAGCGCUGUGGCCCGGCGAAUGGCGCGUGGCUCGGUCAGCGACUGCAGUGACGGCACUUCAGUCAACUCUGAGAUUGAGGAAGGCAACGGGGGAGCGGGAGAGGAAAGAGGGGGAGAGAGGGGUGUCAGCGGAGGAGGAGGAGGGCCUGGUGGAGGAGGAGGAGGCUACCGAAGCAUCAUCCAUCCCCGUCUGUCUCAUGAAUCUCUGUUUCGUAUGUACGGAGGGCCAGGCAAUCCCACUGGGCACCCAGCAUCCCGUGGCCCCACGGGACACAGAGUCCACCCAGAGCCCCUGUCCCCCUUCCCCGUGUCCCCUCUCCCAGGGCCGGGAGGAGCUGGCCUCCUCGCUCCUCCUUUGUCCCCAGCUCUGUCCAUGACCCCCUCAUCUCACCUCCCCUAUACCCCCUCCCCCACCCUGUCCCCCAUGCUCGGCUCCCACUUCUCCUUCAACCCAGAGGACAUGAAGCGCUACCUGCAGGCCCACACCCAGUCAGUGUACAACUACCACCUCAGUCCCAGAGCGUUCCUCCACUAUCCCAACAUCGUCAUCCCGCAGCCUCACCGGCCUGCCGCAGACAAGGCCAGUCUGUCCGGAGAGAGAGGGGCAGCUGAGAGGGGGGAGAGAGCAGCUGCAGCGGGGGGAAGUGAGAGGGGAGGAGAGCGGCACCACCACCCGUCUCUGGCUCACUCCGCCCACCACCACCCCCAUCCUCCACAUUCUGCCCACCCCCACCCUCACAGCCAUUCCCACCCUAUCCACCACCCACUCCACCUGGGUGAGGAGCCUCCGCACAUGUCUCCCUUCAAGUUCAAGUUGCAGCCCCCACCGCUGGGCCGGAAGCAGAGGGAAGGGCAGGGCCAGAGCAACCCCCGGCAGAGCUCUCUGUCCUCAGGUUCGGGAUCAGGGUCCCUGUCCUCUACCUCUGGCCUGGGCUCCUCACUGUCCUUUGGCAGCGACCUGAGCUCAGCCAGUGGCUCAGGCCUGAUCUCCAGCUCCUCCUCAACGCAGUCACUCAACAGCGCUGGACUGCCCAAGAUCAAGGUGGAGCCCAUCUCUGAUAUCGAGUCAGAGGAAGAGGUGGAGGUAACUGACAUCAGCGAUGAGGAUCCUGAUGAGCGAGAUGAGGAGUUUGACCUCUUCUCCCCCCGCCACUCGAGAGCGCCUGUCCAUCACCACCACCUCGCUAACGGCAAGGCCACGCCGCCACAUCACCCACAUCCUGAUGAGGACCUGGAUGAGGACGUCUUCAAAGCCCCGGCUCCACCCCCGCCCGGCCUGAUGCCCUUUUUCACCACCCAGCACACACACUCCAAUGCGCACCGCGGUCCACCCACCCUCAAGAGCGAGCCCUGCGAGCCAGGGGACGGCAACACCCCCCCACCUCAGACAGGCUUGGCAGGAGCUCCACAGACAAAGUGCAUCCCCCUCAAGCUGCGCUUCAAGAGGCGCUGGAGCGAAGACCAGCGCAUGGAGGCCUCACAGGAGGAGUCAGAUGACAAGAAAGUACGAGGAGAGGAGGAGAGAGAACGAGAGAGGCAGAGGAACGGAAGGAUGGAAAUUGAGGAGAACGGGACAGGCAGUGGAGAGGGGGACAGUCCACCACCGUCAGGGUACGAGGGCUCUUUAGCCACACCUUUGGCCUCGCACCAGAGGGUGAGCGCUGAGCUGCAUCGUGCCACUGCACAGCUUUCUCUGGAGAACAAGGACUGCUGAUGAGACACACAGCCCAAACACUAAUUCUCCAGUAGGUCAUCCAAGAGGUCGUACAGGAAAAUAUAAAUGGAUCCUCUGCAAUCCCUCUCUCACACUGACAAACUUGGCGAAAUUCCUGAAACCUCCAGUUAACUGGGAGCACAGCCCAACAUGCGUACGAACCAACACCUCAAGCACAGCCCAAUUCUGGUUCUGCCAGACCUCCCCCUCCCUCCCUCAUAUCCUCCAUCUGGAUCAGGGCUCCUCUGAGACACAUUCUGCGGGAGGAAGGGGUCACUUGGGACCCAGACAUCCAAGGCUUAGUGACUGAAAUGAGGUUGGAAUCAAAGGAAGGAAUGCCCACUCUUGGAACUUGGCUCCAAGUUCAUCUCCCACCCGGCCAGUACAACUCCAGAUGCGAGUCCUGCCCCAGUAGCACGUCUCCUGCCUUCAGGCCCCCACCUGUAGGGUCACCAGUCAGUUAUCACUGUCCUCAGGGGACUCGCCACUCCCUUACAGCCCAGCAGCAAACCCAGGAUGAUGGGGUGCACACUCUCCUGUAUCCUAGUUUUUCUGUAGAAAUGACAGGGCUUCGAAAAGUGCCUGUACCUAAACCCCACAGCCCUGGAGUGACAUGGAGGAGAGCAAAGACGAAGUGGGAGUGAGGAGGAGGAGGGGAGUGGGUUGAACUGCUAUGAUAAAACCCUUCUUUCACUCACAAAGUCCUUGGAAAGUUGGGCGGAUAAUGGAAAAAAUGGUGAUAAAAGGAAAGUGUGUCACAAAGACUGAAGGGGUGGGGCUGUUGGGUGAUGUCUGACUGAUGGAACUUCUCGUAAAACUGGCCUACUCCACUCAGGGAAGCCUAUCGCUGUAUGUUUAUUGGACACACACACACACACACACACACAGACAUGUGCACAAAAAAAGCCAGCCAAUGGUGAAAGGAGCUUGGAGACUCUCAUUUGAAGCUUUGCUCAUGGACACUAACCAUUGCUCACUGCUACUCAAAGACAGCAAACACAUACAUUCGCAUACACACAUUUUUUUCACUCUGGCACACUGUUCUCUCAGAGCUUUUUUUUUUUUUGACUUUUGUGUACCCUUCUUUCUGUCGCUUUCUCCUGUCCUCCUCCUUCUUUCUUAUGGACCACCUGCGGAAAGAUCACAACCCUACCAAAAUGAUUUCACCUCCAGGAAGAAGCAAGAAAUUAACUAAGGAGGAGAGGAAAAGGGAAGAGAUGGAGAAGAGUUCAGAAGUUGUUCAGGUGUCUGUAGAUAGAGAGCUGCUGAGAGGCAAAAGGCAGGGGGGUCCAGUUACUGUUAGCCUGUUGAUCUAGCUUUCCAACCUAACAUAGCUUGCAUACUGACCGCUGGUUCCCUCAAAGUCCCAGCAGUGUAGAGGCCUAGUUCACCAGCUUGAGCUCCUUUAACAAUCGUAGUCUUGAUAGUGUUAACUAAACCAGCAAAUGUUCAUACACACAAAACACACACCAAAAAAAUAAAUAAAUAAAAACAAAAACAAAAAAAACAACAACAACACACAUGCACGGCACUGCCUUUAGCUCCUUAACUUGCUCCCUCCCUCUCUGGACCUUCAGCUCUCCCUGUAGUGGCGGCGUCACCAUCAGAGAGUGGAGCAGAGCAUUGUGGGAUUUGAGACUGCCGGCCUGUAGUUAUACUGCAAGAGUCUGAGAGCCAGUGAGAGCAGGGACACCUUAGACCUCACAUACACUGCCUCUCUUUGCCUUGUUUUUAUAGCAUGUACAAAAGUGCAAACUGAGCUCUAAUACACACACAUACAGACUAUAUCUUUAUAUAUUCUAUAUGAAAUUAUGAAAAAAGUGAGAUUUUAAUGAACCAUAGCAUUUUAAUGAUAUGAUUGAUUCAGGAUUUUUUGUAAGUGGAUUAUUUUGAGCGGUAAGAAGCGAUAUAUAAAUUUGCGACUUUGCUUCUUGUCUCUCUCUGUGAAAUGGGGGAUGGAGGGUGGGGGGCAAAGGGGUUAUGAAGAGGGGGUUGGGGGUCUUGGCUUUGUCGUACUUUUGUUUCACAGGUAAAGAAGCCAGAAAAACAAUAGCUCAGAACAAUCUAACAGAGAAAUAAUACCAGCAAGAAAAGGACUGCAGACGGAUAAUAACCCACAUCGUUUUCUAUGCUGUUCACUUCAUUUGCAGUAGCUUGCCCCUUUUAGCUCACAGCACUCUGGUCUCUCCUGUCUGUACAGUCUAGCACAGUGGGGUAUUCCCUGGCUCCUGGCCGGAGUUUGCCUGGCCUCAGGCCACCUCUCCAGGCCCUGUGGUGUGGAUGAGCUCGGAGUUUAGCCCAGGACAGCUCAUGGGUUUUUAGAUUUUAGAGGGCGAAAUCCUGUGCUUUCUCUUUUGGCCAGUAAGUUUAAUGCUCCACUGUUUGCUGCAGCUCUGGACUGGACUCCCAGCCAGCUAGGGGGGAGGUGGAUAAGGGGUUAAUCAUUACUGUAAGAUAGCCUGGAAAAGCUGCAAGUAUGGCAUGUGAGGCCUGACCUGAAAUACCCUCUAAUCAAGCUAUGCACACACACACACACACACACACACACACACACACACACACACACACAGACGCAUGCACAUAUCUAUAUCUAUCUAUAGAUAGAUAGAUAUAGAUAUGUAUAUAUACAUAAAAAGAACAAGAAUCCUCAACACACAAUACACCUGCCCCUCUCUGCCAUCUCUGCAGUCAGGUGAAACAGGCUUCUGAUUGGCUGGUUCUGUCGUGCGGACCAGCCGUCUGCCCUGAGCCCUUCACUUGCAGGCCAGUGAUGAGACAGAUCUAUAGCAGGGAACUGUGGGAUAGAUGGCCUCCAGGCUGUCUGUGUAGUUGAGCUGAUCGAAUUUCCUCAUCAGACCCCUGUGGUCUGGAUUGGAGCAUGUCACAACACGCACAUGCACACACACACACACACACACACACACACACACAUACACACUCACUCACACUCCCUUCGCCCUCUAACAAGUCCUGUGUCUGUAUUUGAACUGACAGCUGCCUUACUACUACUUUUCAUAUCUAAGCAAAAGAUUAGGCAUCAGUCUGCCUGCUCUGCAUUCUCUCUCUCUCUCUCUCUCUCUCUCUCUCUCUCUCUCUGUCUCUCUCUCUCUUUCUCUCUCUCUCUUUCUCUCUCUCUCUUGUUUGCUGUUUCAUUUUUUUCCUCACCCUGUUGUCUAACGUCCUGCUAACUGUGGCGUGAUCUGACUCAAUCAUGAUAGCACAGGGUGAGAAUGGCGAGAGUCUGUCAUGUAUCGCAGACUCGCUCUCAUCCAGUUUCAGGCCUCUACAGUCAAAGCAUGGUAAACAAAUAGCACAACGAUUACAUUUUCUCUAUCAGACUUAUUAAGAAUAAAGUUUUUGUCAUUUUAUUUCACUGAUGUCAAUAUUGCUGUUGAUUAUUAUUGUUAUUGUUGUUGUUAUUGUUCUCAUUGGAUUAUUUACCUCUCCCCUGGCAUUAUUAUUCCAUGGCUCUGUUAGCUAUUGCUUUUACAUUGUGAUUUCACUUUGGAUGAUGUGGGGACCCCCUCCCCCCAGGCUUUUUUUUUUUUUCUUGGACCCCCACCAGAUCCCUUCUCCCAGUCUUUCUAGUAGUCUUUACAAAUGUAAUAUAACUAAAAUGUGUAAUAUUAAUUCUGAGAGCAGUUGAUAUGCUGACAGAAAAAUAACAUUGGGGACUGAGAGGGAAGGGCAGGGGCGGAGGAUUUUAUUUAGGGGCAGAGGGGAAUGAUUUUAUCUUUUUGUCAUGUAUUGUAAUUUUUAUUUUAUAAUGUUACUUUUCUCUCUCUCUCACUCUCUUUCUCUCUUUUGCUCUUGUAUAUUUUUUUCAUUUUUGGAGAUUGUAUCAUUUUAAAAGGAAAAAAAAGAUGUGUAUUGUUUUACUGUGUAAAGGUCUAUAUUUCUCCCUCUUUCUCGCUCUCUCUCCUUUCUCCCCAUCUCCCCAAGCAGUUACAUAACACUCAGAUGGAGAGAUGAGAGUUAAUACCAUGAUGUAACAUUGAAUUUCUCCACUUUAAUUCUUUCGUGUUUAUAUAUUUUUUUCAAACUUGUAAUUAAGCUGUAAUCAGGGUUAAUUAAAACUGGUUAAAACCCAA